UUCAUACACCUUCUCAUUUUUCUUCUUCUUCCUCUUCCUUUCUCUCUCAAUCUCAAAUCCCAACAACUUCUUCAAUUCCCCUUUCAUUUGAUCAUCAUCAUCGUCAAACCCCAUUUCAAGAAAAUCCCAAAAUUUUCCUCUCUAGCUAAAACUCUAUACGUAUCCCCCUUUUCAUCUCAAAAUUAAUUCAAAUCUUCCUCAAACAAGCUACUAGUCCUUAUUAUAACUACCUACUUACAAACACAAGAAACAACAAGGAAGGAAAGAGAGAAAAGGGAGAGCUAUAACUAGAAAGAUGAGUUGUUCGUAAUAAUCCUGUCUUAUUUUCUAGGUUACUAAUUCUGUUCGUCGUGCUUAUUUCUUUUUCCUUUUGAAUAAACAUGGAGUUAUUCCCAGCACAACCAGAUUUAUCCUUACAAAUUAGCCCUCCAAAUACCAAACCCUCAUCAUCAUCAUCUUGGAAGAGUUCUACAAGUAAGAAUACUACUCAAGAAGAGAAUAUAGAUUUGGGUUUUUGGAAAAGAGCUUUGGAAUCAAGAAACCCCCAUAUUACUAAUACAAACACUUCUUGUUUUGAGCUAUCUUUAUCAUCAAAUAUUCCAAGACCUAGUAGUACUACUCAUCAUCAAGAACCUAAUUACUCUUCUAGCCAAUAUUUCCAAAACACUUAUAACACAAAUUUCAUUAAUAACCCUAUACAUCAAAACCAAGUUAUGAGCCCUCAUCAUGAUCUUGGUUUUUAUAGACCUAUAAGAGAAGUUCCACUUUACAAUAAUCAAAACCCUCUUCUUCCAUCUGAUAAUACUACUACUACAACUACAUUACCUAUACCAUCUUCUCCUAGUUCUUUUAAUAAUAAUUUUAACAUUAACCCUAUCUCUUCAUCAAAUAGCCACUAUCAGUCCCAUCAUCAUCAUCAUCAUCAACAACAAAGUGGGCUAAUGAGAUCAAGAUUCUUUUCAAGAUUUCCAGUUAAAAGGAGUAUGAGAGCUCCAAGAAUGAGGUGGACAAGUACCCUCCAUGCUCGUUUUGUUCAUGCUGUUGAACUCUUGGGUGGACAUGAAAGAGCAACACCUAAGUCAGUUCUUGAGCUCAUGGAUGUGAAAGAUCUCACUUUGGCUCAUGUUAAAUCCCAUUUACAGAUGUAUCGGACAGUGAAAACAACUGAUAAAUCAGCAGCAGGAGGAGCUUCUUCAGGCCAAUCGGAGGUGUUUGAUAAUGUGUCAUCUGGGGAUAAUUCUGAUGAAUUAGUGCUUGAUGUUCAAAAUUCAAAGAUGUCUGAUUUAUCAGUUCAACAAGGAAGGCAAAAUAUGUAUCAUCAAGAGAAAGAUUAUGGUGGUCUUUGGAGUAACUCGUCAAGCAGAGAAAGUUGGCAGAUGCAUGGGAAACUAAGAGAUCAUCCAGGAAACAUACCUUCUUUAGAGAUAGACAUGGAAGUAAAAUGCACAAGCUAUGAGGGAAUAUCAACAGAAGUGAGCUCAUCAAGCAUAACACAAGCAAGUCCAACGAAGCCUAAUUUGGACUUCACUUUGGGAAGGCCUAAUAUUUCAUAGUACUAAGAAAAGCAAAAAAUAGAAAAAUAUUAAUUAAAGUCUCUGCAUGGACAAAAAAGUACUACUCAUUUUGAAAUCAUUAUUAAAAAGAAAGGAAAAAAGGGAGAGAGAAUCAGGUACCCACUGAGGGAAAAAUCAGAUAAAAAGAAAGAAAAAGAAAAGGGAAAAGAAAGGAAAGGAAAAAAGUGAGGUAAAAAAAGACAAGGAGACAAGAAAGACAGAAAGCAAGAAAAAAAGAGAAGGGAGGGAAAAACUGCAUUUUCCAUUUUUUUUCUUUUUCCCUUACAAUAUUCUUGUGAUGAUCUCCAAAUUAAACAGUACAUUAAAUUGUUCCUUUUGUUUUCCUGCAAAAUUGGAAGGAAAAAAAAGAAA